AUGCCACUAUAUGAAAUUACUUUAAUUACCCGAUCUUUGGCCAAGCCGGAAUUAUUUACUGCUGUUCGUCGUGCUGCAAAAGUUCUGCUUGACAAUGGUGCUAUCAUCGAAAAAUUGGAGAGCCUUGGACAUCGUGAUCUGCCAUUUAGGCGAGUGAGAAAGCAAACAGCGGAACAUAUAUACACGUCAAACUACUUCCUAAUUAAAGCAUUCAUGCCACGUGAAGUACGCAGUACAACAAGUACAAUAUUGCGCAACGAUCUUGAUUUAGUUCACGUUGUGUAUAUGCGCGAAAAGUCACAAAAACCGAUUCAUUGUAAUCUAGCAGAACUGUUAAAGCCACCAUCAGAAAGAGAAUCAGUAAAAGCUUUGCGAGAUAAACAAAAAUUGGGGCAUUAUACACGACAGAUGAUUUAUAAGCGAACAGAGAAGGAGUGGAAGGCUAUUCCUAAGUCCUAUCCAAUAGCAGAACCGGAAAUUAUCGGUAGAUCCAAACCUCAAAAAUAUGAAUAG